AGAAAGUACACAGAACAUCGUUCUUUCUUUUCUCACUCCUUCGACUACUCUCGCCUCCAGUGGCGCUAGGGUAAACAUGGCGGAUCUGUGCGAUCGGGUUACUGCAGUUUGUAGAUUUGUUGACCUUUAGGUUUUGUGGCCCCUGGGAAUCGCGGAUCCUCGCCGCGCUCGAUAUGAAGGACCAACUUGGGAUUACGCACACCAGCCAUGCAGUCCACCGUGAGCCCUUUACCAAAGGAUGGGGAGGGAAGCGUAGCCGUUUCUAGUCUUAAGGCCACCGGUGGACAGUAUGAUGUCCAAGGGUGGAGAAGGUGACAUCUCGUCCUGGACAAACCAAGAUCAAGCUGCAGGCAAGAAGGAAACCAAGGAGGACAAGGCAUGGCAUGGGGUGAGGACGGUGGUGCUGCAGCGGUCCAGCCCGAACGAGGACCUGGGCUUCACGCUGCGGCACUUUGUCGUCUACCCGCCCGAUGCCAUCAAGGCUGCCCGGUUAGCAGGAAAACACCCAACAGUUGUAGAUCCGAGCUGGGACCAGCACAAGCAAGAAGCCAUGGACACCAUCUUUGUGCGAGAGGUCCAGCCUGGAAGUGCAGCUGACAGGGCAGGCCUUGUCACGGGCGACCGUAUUGUCUCCAUCAAUGGGCAGCCUGUCACCGGGCGCUCCUACGCGCAGGUCAUCGAUCUCAUCAAGAGGGGGGGUCUAUCUGUACAGCUGCUGGUUGUGCCCAAAGAAGAUGACAUCCUUCAGCUUUAUUUCGCCAGCGCAGCCUAUCAACCAGUGCGGAGGCCACCAUGGCAGACUCCCCAGGCCCGUCCCAACACUGACGGCUCUUCCCUCCUUCCACCCCAGCGAGGACGAGGCGUGCCAACCUCUGAGCCGACUUCACCAGUACACUGCACUCCAUCGACGCACUUCCGGCCUGUCAACCCAGCUCGCCGUCGCUUUUUUGGCCUCGAUCCAUCUCCGCCACCGGCCAUGACUGCGUCGGCCUCUGCUGCGUCUCCGCCACAGGGCACAACACUGGGUAGUGCCACCGUUGAACAUACCGACCGAAGCGACCAGAGCAACUUGCUUGCCUCACAGCCCAUGUCUCUCAGCUACCCGUCCUACCGAACGGCCGAAGUUGGCGUGCCCCGGCCAACCACCUCGUCCAAGAUGCCUCCAAGUACAAGUGUUCCCAUGCACCUAGGAACUCAGUUCCUCAAGCCCGAGGACCCUUGGUCCACUCAAGGCCAGGCAGACAGCGGUAUCGGGAGCGUGGAAGAUGCCGACUCUAAGCAGACAGCGAUAGUAACGACGACGGUGACGACAACGACAGCAACAACUCAUUCGGACAUGGCUACUGAUGAUCAUUCCUCCCUGAACCUCGUUGCGCAGCGGUUACACCUUUUCGAAUCGGGAGGUCUUCUUGCACGCUCACUCGAGAGGAUGAAGCUGUAUCGGAGCGAGCUUGCGCGGCUGACCUCUGGCUGUCCUGUGCCGAUUGUGUCGGUACGCGCAGCCAAGUUCGAGGAGAUGGACAGCUCGGGCUCAGAUGGCCGCAGGGGAGAUAAUGCAUCAGAGACAUCGUCACUGUCAGCAGCACCGCCAGUGUCCUUUGACCGGCUGCUGCCCUUGUCAUCACCCACAUCACGCAUCCCUUCAUUUGACCGGUCACCUGACAGCCCCAUUUUCGAAGAGAAGGGCUUCUCCUCGUUACCUGACCAAAGCACGCUUGCCAGGAGCAAUGAGGGGAGCUCGCCGAACCUUGACAAUGGCGCUGUCUGCCAAACGGAUGAUUUUGUCUCACCAGAGGUUGCCUCAUCUGUUGUGUAUAGGAGAAAAAAUGGUUCUCAAGAAGACAAGGCUCACCCGGCACGACGAACGUCGUACCUUCGAGCGACUGCAAACGAACGCCUUCACCUGGAAUCAGACCAGAGCGAAGAUGAACAACACUCCGUUUCUAGCACUUCGUCCACCCCAAGUGGAUCUCAUCGAAUCCAAAGGCUAAAGGCAUUCUUUGGCGACAAGGCUUCAAACUCAUCAACACCUGGGGUGGAUGGGAAGAAUGAAGAUGCAGAGGAACGACAACAGUCACAACAACAACAACAGCAGCAGCAACUGCAGCAACCUGAGGUGACAGGCGACGUCCAGGGCUGGCUGGCCUGCAAGACCGUGCUUGUGGAUGGCAAGAGGUCAAGCGACCGCUCCUGGCGGCCUGUCUGGGUGGUCCUCAAGGGUGACAAGGUGUACAUACUCAAAGACCGAAAGACCAUAGACUUUGCCGAAGGUUCACGUCUGUCGGUACGCACCACGAUGAGUGACGUGGCCCGCGACUACACCAAGCGCAAGCAUGUGUUUCGGCUCCGCAUGGAGUCCGGCACUGAGUACCUUUUCCAGGCUGACAACCACACCCGCAUGAUGCAGUGGGUUGAUGCCUUCCGGCAGAUCACCGCCGAGGACUCUGAGGUGGAGGAGCUAAUGCGCAGUGACCGAACGGUGCUAGAGAAAGCACAGGCCUUUGAGCAGAAUCGCCUGUCGCCUAGCAACGCUCCACCAGCCGUGGUGCGGCCGGCACCACGCAAGCUGGCCUUGCGUCACCGCUCGCCCACAUCAGGAUCACCCCGGGUGAAGUCCCGACGGGCCUCCCUCGGGGCUGCCUCUGGUGUUGCUGCAGAUGAGCCGUCAUUGAAGGCAGUGCACAUGUGGCGAGGGAGGGUGGUGCACGGCUGGAAGAAGUUCCAUGGGUCGCUGGCUUCUCUCCCACCGAAGGGGCACAGCAUAGGGGUGCCCCUGCACGAAUGCCCACCAUCCCACGAGAAUCAGUAUGUCCCAUGGCUGGUGAGCCAGUGCUGCCGCGUUGUGGAAGCAAAGGGCCUGGAGACCGUGGGUGUGUAUCGCAUCCCGGGCAACAGUGCUGCUGUAGCCGCUCUCUCUGCCACAGUCAAUGGCACUGGCGGACCACUGGACUUGACCGACCCCCGAUGGGGGGAUGUGCACGUUGUCUCCAGCCUGUUGAAGGCCUUCUUCCGGCAGCUGCCCGACCCCCUGGCUGGCUUGUACCCGCGAUUCAUCGCCGCUGCCCGUGUACCACAGGGCACUCAACGUCUCGCUGCCCUUCGAGCGCUGGUACAAGAGCUUCCUGUGCACAACUUCGAAACCCUCAAGUUCCUCAUGCAGCAUCUCAAGAGAGUGGUGGCCCACAGUGAAACCAACAAGAUGGAGGCUCGCAACCUGGCUAUCGUUUUUGGACCAACGCUGGUGCGGACAGCCGACAACAGCAUGUUGACUAUGAUAACUGACAUGUCCCACCAGUGCCACAUCACCGAAGCACUCAUCAACUAUGCGGACUACAUCUUCAGCCCAUCUGAUGAGGCCGCAGUACCGGACCUGCCACUGGAUGUGACUGCCCUUUCAGACACAGACUCUUCAGUGCUCCUAGGCAACCUACAUAAAGUUGGUGGCCAGGCAGGCAGCAACCCGGAGGUGUCCCCCAGAGACCUGGUCUCGUCACUUGUGAGUGCGGCCAACCGCAAGCUGCGCCAGCGCAAGCUGUCCCUCACCGUGGAGAGCAGCAGCCCAACCACUGUUGGGGGGCCCCUGAAGCCCGGCUCACGGGUCAAGGACAAGAUCCUGGCCUUUGAGGGCAAAGUGGGCGAAGACUCGACCAGCAAGGCGGCCAGCAAUGGCUCACUGCCUGCAGAGAGCAGCUCACCGCCACCUCCCCUCUCAGCCGGCUCCAGCAGCUAUCCUCCAUCCCCAACACGGACCCUGCUGGGAUCCCCACCCCAAACACCCUCUGUGUGCUCAGAGGACUUGUGCUCAUCGCUGGCCAGCGGGAGUGCCUCACCGCGUACCUACGGACAGCUGAGUGCGCUAGCGCAGCAGAAGGUGCGCCACCUGGAGGAAGAGACGCGAGCCCAGCUGCGGGCUUCCUCUCGCCGUUGCUGGCCCCCACCCGCGUGCCCCGGCGGCCCUGCCCAGCGCGAGCAGAUCGAGCGCGACUGGCAGCGUGCCAAGCAGGAGCUCGAGCGCGAGGACCUGCUUGACUUCCUUGCUGACGAACCUACGGCCUACCUCAGGCUGCUUGGAGGCGGAAGCGGCACGCAGCAGCAUCAGCGAUCAUCUCCCGUGCCUUUCAGUCCCCUCGUUGGCGCUGCGGCAGGCACCUUCUUUCGAUCACCACAGGUGUCCCAAGCAUCACAAGCAUCACCAACAGCAAGCUCAGAUCUACCCCAGAAGGACUUCCACGUACAUGGCGUUAUUGAUGAUGUCCAGACGCCUGCCAGCUGCCCGGAGACAUUCCAUCAAUUCGCAGCAUCGUCGCAGCCCAUGGAGUCUCCAUCCAGCCAAGCCCCCAAACAGCCAUCGCCUGCGAGCCUCUUUGACUCACUGCACGAGAAGGAGAACAUCCCGCAGAAGAUGGCCUCGUCAUCAUCAGGGGGUGCAUCAUGUGGCUCCGCGGUGACCUACCGCUGCAAGAAGCAGUGCCUGAAUGGUGCUUCAACACGCUAUGCCAUCUAUCGUGUAGACGACGAAGCGGCAGGGGCGGGGCGACCACAGCAGCGGCACUCGGAGAACGGUGUGGUUGCUGCAUUGGUCAGCCGCCUGGUUGAAGGCGAGGCAACGGCGCCUCUCAUUACAAGUGGCACGCGUCGGCGACCCCUGUCCUCCAUGGGACUCCAGCGGCGACACACCAUCGGGAGCUCGCGUGACGUCAAGUUCCACCCGUUUCCGUCUGUGCGUAAGGUGCCCAGUGGCCAGCGGACAGACGACGGGGGCGAGUGGAGGAGGACCGCGAGCUUGCGGGUGGCCUCGCCCGUCUGAGAGAUGUGGGUUGGUGGCUGUGGGCCGAGACAUUGCUUCUGAGACAGAGAGCAGAACGGUGAUGGCGAGAAAGCUGGCCUCCCUUCUGCCAGGCGACCAUACACGUGCAGGCCAACAAACAUAUAUUGCGGGGAAAGCUUGCCGGCGGUGCUUCAGGCAGGCUUUUCUGUGUAGUUUGUGCCUUGGAAAUCGAGAAUGCGCAUGCUGGCACACAAAGUAUAACCUUGCAGAGAAAGCCACGUUUUGAUGGUGCAUCUGCAUAACUGGUAUAUAUUAUGUUACGAGCAUUAGUUACGAGCAGGUGUGAACAAUAUUAACUUAAGUGUUGAAAAUAGGAAAUGUGCUCUUGGAGUGAGAAAUUAUCUAAUUGAUCAGUGCAUCCUAUAAGCCCAUGCAUGAGAACAACAUACUCAUAAAGUUGCAACUGCUGUCUAUGUAACAUGAUCAGCAAGGCACAAGAUCUAACAAGGACGCAAGCUUGCAAUACAGCUUUCCUUACAUGAAGGUGCAGGGCACCCAGUGGUAUCCUUGUCAGCAAAAUAACUGUUUUAUAUGCUUCACCAACUGAAAUGCGCAUAACAAGAAAUGAGUUCUUUGGAACAAUACAUCAUCAGCAGUGUGGAUGACAGAAGUUACAGGCCAUGGCAUUAGCAAUCACAAACUGUUUUGGUUGCUGAUAUCGAUGUAACUUGAAUGACAUGUUUGACAAAUUUAAUGAGCAUUAGUUGUGCUCGAUUAUUAGUUGUAAGCUGGAUAACUGGCAUAUGAGUGGCAUUGAGAAAAACCGCAGACUUGGCUUCUGUGUGAGUAAACCAUAAUGCUGGAUUUCCAGGGCACAGAUUACUCACCAUCACCUUGUACACCAGAGCCCAGCCUGAGCCCCCUCUGGUUCUGACGGGCACAGAAUGUGCACUUCAAAGACUGCUAGAUUGUAGGAGGUUGCCCAAUGAACACCUUGUGUUCGGUAUGCUAGAUGACAUUGCUUUUCUUGUAGUUGCCCAAGCUUGGGCACCUGCAACACAGUGAGAUCUCCCUUCUUUUUUUGUUCAUAUCUUUGUUUUUUGCACUGCGCACAGCAUUUCUUUUCAUCCCUGUUCAUCUCAAAGCAGCUGCUUUGAAAGAUGUGUUCAUAUUCAAAUCUGAUAAUGUUCCUUGUGUUGGUCAGAAGGAAGUGGAGGCAUUUGCAGACGGCAUGUCUGCUCUUCAGACAGAACAACUUCUGUUGGCACAUUGUUGUCAUUUGCUGUGGGAUGUAUGCGUGGCGUCUGUCCAUUACAGGUACUUUGAAAGCCUUGUGAGCCACGCUGACAAUAAUGAGACAAUGUUUGUAGCAGCAUUUUUCGUUGGCACUUUACCUAUUGAAGUAGACUGGCUCAUUAUGGUUUCCUCCAGCUUUGAGUUUCUAUGCAGGAUGAGGAAAUUCCCGCUCACUUCCAUCAACAUGGGAAAGUAACUACAGUGUAGACCACUUAUAACGUAAGUCGCCAGAGUCGCGAGUAUCUGCACUAUAAGCGGUACCGAACUAUAACCAAAACAAUGAUUUUCAAGCCCUGCACGUAUGCAAAACGUGUAGACCAAGAAUGUAGACAUGCUUGUACUAUCGCGCGCACAUCGCGAUUACGUUUUCGCCAGUGAGCUGGCGAAAACAUAAUCGCGAUGUAGCUGGUGCUCUUCAAGCUCGACAAAGCACCGAGUCAAAACAAAACUGUUUGCCGCAACCGCUGCGGAAAAAACUGUGUCCACUAUCGACGCGAUUAUGAACGGCGACUUUGCGGUGCUGAAGGCACGCGCCCGAUGCACGCUCCGAGUCUGGACAAAUUAACUACCAUUCUCGAUCUGCAACACCUGCAAUCGAAACCACGGUCACUAUCUAUGCAAUCAUCGAUGGCGACUACGCAGUUUUUUAGGCACGCAGCCGACGCGCGUACCGAGUAAAAAUGAAACUACUGUUUGCCGCAAACGCUGCGGAGAGAACCGCGGCCGCUUUCGACGCGAUCGUGGAUGACUACUACGCAGUUACGAAAGCCCGCUGCCAACGUGGUGUUAUGCGCAGCGGUAAAUGCAAGAAUACAGGCUUUAAAGACACAAAUAGGCUCGAAGCGUUCCGGCAUUGCUGUCAUUCACAUAAGUUUUUAACUGAUGGCAUUGGCGAUGCGGACUCCGCCGCUUCAUUUCGGUUGGACGCUAGCGCCGUUCUUGCUCUUUUGCUUCACAUAUUUGCGGCGCUCCUUGAGCUCCGAAAGUAGUCCGAAUUAACCGAUGUGCGGCCAAAUAAGUCCGAGUUAACGAGAGUUUGAUUGCAUUGAAUAAUGCAUGCGCCGGCCGAGAGCACACACCUUGUUGAGAAGCGUGCUCGCUGCCGCCCUUGUCGGCGAGAUUUUCCCGCGUAAGCCGCAUUGUAACCGGUAUUUCUUCUCACGCGGCUGCACUGUAAGCGGUAUGCGUAUACAUGGAGUGCUAUGGGAAAAUUAAUUGGAGUCUGAAAAGAUCGUACUAUAUCCGGUCCUGCACUAUAAACGGUUACGUUAUAAGUGGUCUAUACUGUAGUUUAUGGAAUUCAGCUUGUAAAACAACAGUGUCAGCCACAUGAUGCCCAUGAAAACAUGCACGUGUCAGCUAUCACUUUUUGGGCCUCCCCCAAAAUUGCAUCAGAAACUGCUUAUUAGUCAAAAAUUGCAGUAACAGAAAAAAAAAAUUGUAGUAACAGAAACUGCUGAUUAGUCAUUUGCAAGAGCUGUUUCUUGCCAGCUGCAUUUUUUUUUCUUUCUUUCUUUUCUUUUUGCUGCAGUUGUACUGCGUAGUUUAUUCUUUUCCUGUGAAGAUCUGCCAAUGCGCAUUAGCACCCUUGAUAUGAUCUCAUUUCUCAGUCUUGGCAUUAGUACCCAAGGUUGAAGCUGUUAACAAUAGUCUUUCAAGCAGUCUAGACAAAUGUUUGCUUCCGUCCUCGAUUUUCUUUAUCUUUUGCAGGACUUCAGCUUCAGAAAUUUGGUUUGUUAUUUUAUUACUUGUAUGUAUGUAAGAGGAAAUUUUUGGUUAAAAAAGAUAAUUGUUGGGGUGGUGGACAUAAAACAACUACUGUAAGUUUUCCUGAGAACUGCACAACGUUAAAGAUAUGACAGUUACAAUGCAUCAACAGUUGCCUUCUGCCAAUUUGACCAUAGUGUGGUUUUGUUGUAUGUGACGCUCGUACAUUUUGUUGUGGCUGAGCAUAAGAGUUCUCUUGGUAUCAAAAAGCAAAAGUGUGGGGAUGUCUUUCAAUGGCGAAUAUGACUAGCAGUUCUAAAGGUGAUACGAGAUCAUCGGCAAAUUUGUUGUUACAAACCUUACCCCAUAAAUUACUGACAGCUGUAGUCAUGCUAAAACUAUUUUAUGGGAUAUUGUCCAUUUCGUUAUAUCAAAGUUGGACUGUGUAAUGGCCACUUCACAUUUAAGACUAUCAUUCAGGCCAUGAAUACAAAAUUUGCAUGCAGUAAUGGCUGGUACAUUACAGCGCUGUUUGCUGUUUGGAAUACAGGAUAAUGCAAGGACCUGUGUUAAAGCACAGGUAGGGGCAGCUUAGAAUAAGUUUAUUUGAGCUCUGAGGAACCUGUUGUGUGCAGGCAGCAAAAUGUUGGUCCAUUUAAGUUGAAUCAGCUGCUGCAUGCAGUGCAUGGCUCAUGCAUCAGUGACUGGCAACUUUCAAAGUUCGAGCUGGCGGGGUUUGUGCUGGCUUUACUCCCAAACACCUGCAGUUCUUCACUUUGAUGCCAUGUCAGUCAUGUUAAGAGAGCUUAUUACAUGCAGUGAAUCUCAAGGAGUGUGUAGUGAUGGGUUAAUCACUGAAACAAGAGGCCACAAAGUAUAUUAUGCCCUGUUCAGCAAGAUAAGACACACUCGUUGCGCUCCCCUCUUUGCCAAUGCCUGCCACAGCGACUUAGGUGCAACAGUGGACUGGUGGUAGUUGCUGUCUUCAAACGCACCCUGCCUGCUGCCGUCACAGCUGCCGCCGCAGCGGCCGUUGUUGUCUUCACUGUCAACUGCUGCCGUGGUGUGCAUCUCGGAUCCUUUGCGCCUCGAUGCAAGGGCUGCAAGUGUACAGUGUGUGGAGACGCAUAUGUGGGCACGCCGUCUCGAAGAUGUAACUGUGGUUGCCGUGUGCGGACAGGCAAUGUGUGCUCGCCGAGCCUGGAGAACUGCCUAUACGGACUGGCCCUCUGUGACAGUCGCAUUCGUUCUGAAUGUUGGAAGUUCCUUGUGCAUCCGCGUCUUCUCUAAUCUUGCGUGUAUGUCCGCGGGGGAUCUGCAGGGAUUCAAAGUGCUACUAUCAUCAUUACGGGGAACCUUGCAGAACAUUUGAAUUGUACAAUUCCUGCCGUCUAUACAGAACGAGAAAGCGGUGGCUGCUUCUAGUGCAAUUAUAGGGAGGGACGACGCCUCAAGCCACUUUUCUUUUGCUGUUGCUCUUUUGCAGUGCAACAUUGUCAUUGUUUAUGUUGAUAGCAUUGCCCUUUGACAAUGCUUCACUUACAGCAGUGGUGGCAAAAUGUCGCCUCUUGCUUUUACGUCAUCCCGUCUUUGCGUGUGACUUGUCUUGGAAGAGAGGGAGAGAAAGAGCUUUAGAGAGUAAUAUAUUGUAGCUUGUGAUUCCAAAGAGAGACUCUGUAAUGGGAGUGGGGAAGAUGGGAAAUCUGGAGGAAAUAUUUACGUUGUCUACACAAGAGCUUAGACGCACAUAUGUUGUACAUACAGGAGCCACGCAAACUUGCGUGCAAGUGACUGGAUGAAUGUGAAACAUGCCUAUAAGUUCUGUGUGUUUUGUGCUCGAUAUGACCAUUGGAGAGAGCUGACUGGAACGUUUCAGGCCAAUAUUAGAUUAGAAAUCAAGUUAACUGUGCAUGUGCGAUAUUGAAUUCCUGUUAUUAUUUUUACAACUGCUGCAAGCUGACGCAAUGACACAAUGGCACAUUGAGUGAAGGCAUUAUUUGAUUGCUAUUCCUAAAAAAAUUGCACAGUAAUGUUUUGACGCUAAUGGCUUGGUGCUAAUGAUACUAGUGAGGAAAAUGAACACACUGUGCCAACCAAGAUGUGUACAACAGUUUUAUGAUGCAUGUUGCACAAAAGCGGUUCAGGAAAGAAAACAGCUGACUGGCAGCUCCUUCGAAAGGAUAACCGUUUUGCCUGCCUGCAUGCAUGCUUUUGACUUUCUGUUAGGCACUUAUAAAUGGUAUGAUUUCGGGAUUGCACUUGUUUCUUUACGUCCUGCAUGGAACGCAGGACACGCAGUGGAAUCUUGGCAUGUCUGUGAGCUCAACAGUUUUUGUAUAGACAGCUGUCUCGGAGUCUAUUGUGGUUGUUUGCACUGUCUCCUACAUUUUGUCGGCAUUGAUUCUAAGUGCAUUUUUUCCCUAAAACUUCUAGUUUGCUUCUUUCAGCCUAUGUUGUAUGACACAAAGUAGUAUGACAAUGGAGCCAAUUCUUAUCCGAUAAGGUCGGCGUUAAAAAAAACAGAAAGAACCUACAAAAUGUUUGGCAAAUGCGCAUUACUUUUUUUUUUCAUCCCAAAAUAGAAAGUUUAUUGCGAGUUUUGCAUGUAUAUGACAUGGGUGCUAAUUAGCAAGCUUUGCAGGGGAUUUUACAAACCAUAUCGAACAAAAAUUGCAUAUACUUCUAGAACAUAAAAAAAAGAUGGCUUCUCACUCAGCUGCCUAGUAACAGAAAAGUGAACUUAUUGCAGUGUUAAGUAUUGUUACUGGCAUUUGAAAUUAGUACACUAGACUUCCGAUAAUUGGACUCUGGUUAAUCCGAUUUUUUCUGUUAAUUCGAUCCCAAGCAAAGGCACCGGCCAGCGCCCAUGCAUUGUUAUGGGCCCAAACGUUUGUUAUUUCGAUCUUAAAGUGACAGUAAAUGCAGUGCAAAAAUAACGGCAACAUAAGGCAGAGAAGUACACAGUACAGGCGCUGAAUUAACAACUAACAGUUGUUAAUUCAGCGCCUGUUGUGUGUGCUUCUCUGUCUUGUGUUGCCGUUAUUUUAGCGCUGCUUUUACUAUGAAUAUCAACCAACUCGCCCAGUUUUACAAUUAAAAUUGGUUUUCGCCGGAUAAUUUGAACUUAAACAGUUGGCUCGGCUCGCAUGUACCUGAUCCCUAUGGUGACCCCAAUAAUGACCCCAUUAGUGGCAGCGUCUGUCUCGGCAGAGCUUAAAGUACAGUGAAUGCGUUGAACACACGUCAUCUCCCGUCAAAAACGCCUAUCUUCUGCCCACUCUAGAAAUAUUUUCAAGCACGGACGGGCCCUCACAAUGUCUCAUUAUGAUAUUUACCCAAUCCUAAUGUAUGCCUUUUGUUUUCCAAGGAAAUAGGCCCGGAAAUUGCCUGUGUGGUGCAAUCGAAUAUAAAACCAAAACAAUCUUUGCAGCGUUUGCACGCUUUACCGCAUAACACGGAGGUAUUGCGGUAAAGCUGACUUUAAUAACCCGGGCGUUAAGUAAUAAAAAAAUCCGGUGCCCGUUAGACUUCUACUUUGCUUAGGAGAUUUAAUGUAAUUUCUGCAUUAGUUUUCUUCUUUGAAUACAUCGAAAGUGGGCGGGCAGGCAAAUACUGCCAAAUGAAUCAGUGGUGUGUUCUGGCUGUUUUUUCUGCAUCUUGCUUAAUUCAACCAGCCAGAUACUAAAUAGUAGGUCAAUUUUGUUGGUCCCAUCGGGGUCGAAUUAACGGAAGUCGACUGUAGCUGGAUGUGUAAGUGAGCGGUGCUUGUCGUCGGCAUGUAGGGAUUGAAUCAGUUCAUACACAGACUGCCGGUGUUAUUCACGAGGAGGAAGGUGCUGACGUGAUUCCAGCGGUGAUCGUCUCAUGCCAUUAUUAAACACUGGCAUGUGCAGUCUGUGCCACCUUUGUUUGAAUGAUGAUGACUAUAGUGCUGCUUUUAAUUUGGAAGAGGCACAGUGUAAAGUUGCGUACUCAAUAAUCAGGAAAAGGAACCUUGCUAAACGUCCACCAGUAGUUGUGUAGAGGGAUGCGAAGGCAGUUGUUGCCGGGUGACAUUAGCAUGACUGUUUUAAAGGAGUACUGAUGCACGUUUUCGAAGUUUUAGAAACUCUACUACCCCUUUGAAAGGAUGGCACUUGUCAAAUAUGAAGGUUGGGGAAAUACUUAUAUUUUAAUUUGAUACUAAAGCUAAUUUCUAAAUGCCAUCGCGGUGUCACCAACAUUAUCGUGGCGUCAUGAUGUAGCGUGAAAUUCCCAGAUGCCGUAUAGCAACAAGGCUAGGUAGGAUGACGUUGCUCGUAAAAACACAAGAGUGCUGCUGCUCAUGUGUCUUCUGACAGCACUUGUGUGUGGCAGCCGCAGUGAUCACAGGAAUCAGUUUAUCAUGACGUUGUGACGUAUCUACCUCCUGGGUACUGAAACCAGUUCGUAGAAGCAUGUAUUGUAGUAAAUUAUGUGAGGUGCUCUUGAUUCUAUAGUUUAGAGGGUUUGGACCUCGAUUUCACGCGAGAGAAGACAGUUCGGAAAUGUCGUGUCAGUACUCAUUUAAAGUGCAAGUUAGCUGCCAUAAUGACUGUGUGGGGUAAACAGGUGUUCAAAGUAUUUUCUUCUCCCCUGUGUUCUUUAUGGGUCCUCUGCCAAAGCGUCCCCUGGUGUGCAGAAUGGGAUUCCUGUGCCGUACUUUCUGUGCAGAGCAUGUAAAACAUUCCAGUCACCUUGCAGCACAUGCGGCAGUGAGUUUAUCAUGAUGCAGGCAGCUGUGUACAUUUCUCUUCCAAAGCCUGUUAUGUAUAGGAGGCACUUAUAGCCUGAUUUUUCCUUCUGUCCUCACUCCUCUCUGGGCAAGGGAUGUCAUUGCGAUCUUCUUCAAAGUACGCGGUACAGGGGCUACUCAUUAUCUUGUGAUGAACAGUGCUGCUUCAGUUUGUUUAAGUUUUUAGAGUUUAAGAAGGAGGAUUAAAUAAAUAAUGGGUGACGCAAUUGUUGAUGCUUAGUGUAUUUAUUCCUUGCAUUUGUCGGUCCUGUGCCGUCGCUGCAUUUUAGUAUAGGGCGCGUGCUUGUUACAGAGCGCAUUUCCUUUUGUCUAGUUUCACUUCCCAAGUCUAGUUAUGCUUGUGUGUGAUGUGAGAAAUCUCAUGACUUAGCGAUAAAUGCCAGCCUGCAGUUGUGGUGUGCAGUAUAUAGACGCAACACAUAUAUUUUUUGUGCUGUUCAUUUGACUCUGCUGUGCUUCAGGCAUGAAAACAGUCGCUGCUUGUAUCUGACCCUUUUUGGCAGCAGCUUCACUGUUCUGCCUGUAAAACUGAACCUAGUGUGAUAACCUCGUUCUCAUCCUGUGCGGCUAGUUUACUUUGCUACGCUUGUGUGGCAGCAUUCGUCAUCAAACUCAUAUACUGGAAGCCAGGGGCAUGAUUUGUAUUACUUUCUUGUGCCGCAGUGGCUUGUUGCACAAAACGCAGCGACAUUGGGUUUUGCAGGCCAAUGUUUUUUUUUUCCUAAUCUUUUCUUAUGGGUGCGUUUAGGUUGUGCUGUUCGUUGAAUGCACUUAUUUUCAAGCUUAGUCUGUUCCUGUGUUGCACAGAGUUUCAGCUCAUGUCCUUGCCAUGCUUCUCUGUAUUAUUGCAUUGUCACCGCUAAUAAGCCUUUGUGUAAGACUGAUAGUGUUGUCUCGACAGCAAUUUGAAGUGGAAGUACAAGUUCCAUGUUUUCAGUGUACAGUACUCUGUGUGUUAUUGGCAAGUCACAGACCUGGAAUAGGGCACGGCCUUGCGACGGCCAAAUAAUCCAUGUUGCGUACUUGCACGACAAUGCGCACCGGAUCUCUAUGAACCAGACAUCUGCCUGGUACAUAUCUCGUGGGAACCCUUGCUUGCUCUUGACCGCAGCGUAUCUUAAGCUUGUGAAAAACAUUGGUAUAAAUAUUAUUUAGGUUGAUCAGCAUUGGUUCUAAUGACAAGAUGUCAAGUAUGUCCACCAUAUUCAUGGAUUUAUUUAUCCGAAGAUAGCGGCUUGCGUUACCAUGACGUAGAAUGUACAAAGCACAGAACUCGAGCUCUAUUAUUUUAUGUUGCUUUACCAGUUUACUGCAACUAGUGUAUCAAUGCCCUCUUGGCACGUUUUUAUUGCCUGUCUUCCACAAAUCUGGUCUGAAAUCCUGGCUUUCCAUGUUUUGGGUGGUAUUGUAACUCUUGUCAGAUUUUUAUUUCUUUCAUCAUCAUGGGCUUUGUCGUUUCAUUCACAUUAUUGUGUGCGAUGUGGAGUAUGCCUGAAUGCAUGUGCUGUCCAGCUUGGAUUUCCAGCUCUUUCAGAAAUGUUUCAGCACCGUCUCAAUGGUCUAGUACCGGACACUGACAGACGUAUCUUAAAAUGCUGCUGCUAAGGGUGUCUGUGUGCUUUAGUCAUCACUCAUGGCUUGAAAUUUCUAUGUAAUGAACGUUGAGAGGGGCACUGCGGAAUUCAUUGUGGUGGUGUGCGCAUUAUUUGUUCCCAGUGGAUUUGACUGACCGGAUAAGGGUUGGAGCAUGCAGGUGGUUUACCAGUAAAAGGUCUUUGACAAAUGCUACGUUGAAAGAGGGAGUAUGAACAGCUUCCCAGCUUUACACCCUCGCUCAUUGACAAAGAAUUGCAUGGUGUGCAUGAUUGUGUGACUGCCACUUUCACACAAAUAAAGAUUGUGUUGCUUGCUGGCCACACUACAAAGUGAGUGGGCUUUGCUGAAUGCUGCCUCCUGCUCCUCUCUACACAUGGCACAGCAAGCAUCAGCGUGUCACCAUUGAAAACAGAUUAACUUAAGAUGAGCUCUGCUUUAGAAUCACGCUGGCUCUUGUGAGCAGCGUAAAUUUCGCAUCAUGUAGAUUUAUGUAUUUUAUGUACAGAUAUGUAAAUUCAUUGAAUUGAAAAAUAAAUUAUUGACAUUGA